GUGCCACGGGCUGUAAUGGUGGACUUGGAACCAACUGUAGUAGAUGAAGUGCGGGCUGGGGCUUUCCGGCAGCUUUUUCAUCCAGAACAACUGAUUACUGGAAAGGAAGAUGCAGCAAAUAACUAUGCCCGUGGCCACUACACCAUUGGCAAAGAAAGCAUUGAUAUGGUACUCGAUCGUAUUCGUAAGCUGACUGAUGCCUGCUCAGGGCUACAGGGCUUCCUGAUUUUCCACAGCUUUGGUGGGGGCACAGGCUCUGGCUUUACCUCCUUGCUGAUGGAACGCCUCUCCCUGGACUAUGGAAAGAAGUCCAAGCUAGAAUUUGCCAUCUACCCUGCUCCCCAGGUCUCCACUGCUGUAGUGGAGCCCUACAAUUCUAUCCUGACCACACACACCACCCUGGAGCACUCAGACUGUGCCUUCAUGGUCGAUAAUGAGGCCAUCUAUGAUAUCUGCCGCCGAAACUUGGACAUUGAGCGCCCAACUUACACUAACCUCAACCGCCUCAUCAGCCAGAUUGUCUCUUCCAUCACCGCCUCGCUGCGCUUCGAUGGUGCCCUCAACGUGGACUUGACCGAGUUCCAGACAAACCUGGUGCCCUACCCACGCAUCCACUUCCCCUUAGUGACCUACGCCCCCAUCAUCUCUUCUGAGAGAGCGUAUCACGAGCAGCUCUCGGUGGCAGAAAUCACCAGCUCCUGCUUCGAGCCCAACAACCAGAUGGUGAAGUGUGACCCGCGACAUGGCAAGUACAUGGCUUGCUGCAUGCUGUAUCGUGGCGACGUAGUUCCCAAAGACGUCAACGUAGCAAUUGCUGCCAUCAAGACCAAGAGAACUAUCCAGUUUGUGGACUGGUGUCCAACAGGCUUCAAGGUUGGGAUCAACUACCAACCUCCUACAGUAGUUCCAGGAGGAGACCUGGCCCAGGUUCAGCGAGCAGUCUGCAUGCUGAGCAACACCACGGCCAUUGCAGAGGCCUGGGCAAGGCUCGACCACAAGUUUGACCUGAUGUACGCCAAGAGAGCCUUUGUGCACUGGUAUGUGGGGGAAGGCAUGGAGGAAGGAGAAUUUGCAGAGGCCCGAGAAGACCUGGCUGCCCUGGAGAAGGACUAUGAGGAAGUGGGAACUGACUCAUUUGAAGAUGAAAAUGAUGGGGAGUAA